CACGUGUCGGGGGCGAGGGGGGGGCUCUUGUGUUUACAUCAAUGCGCUUAGGAGCAGCUGGUGCGAACUGUGCGAAGAAAAGAUAUGAAUGUUUCACUUUCAUUUCUUUAGAAAAAGUGGGGAGAAAAACACUCUUGGUUUCGCAGCAGUGAGAGGCAGACUGACGGAGAAGGAGAGCUGCAGGGGGGGCGUUUCUAGGGACCGAAGCGACCCGCUCGCCGUUUUUGCAUUUAAUUGCAACAGUCAUGGAAGAGUUAGCCGUGGAGGUCCGAGGAACAAGUGGAGCCUUUUAUAAGGCAUUUGUGAAGGAUGUGCAUGAUGAUUCUGUCACGGUGACAUUUGAAAAUAAUUGGCAACCAGAGAGACAGAUUCCUUUCCACGAUGUUCGGUUUCCCCCUCCUUCAGGGUUUCAGAAAGAAAUAAAUGAGAGUGAUGAAGUAGAGGUAUGUGCUGUGUAUUCCAGAGCCAAUGACAAAGAGCCCUGCGGAUGGUGGUUGGCCCGCGUCAGGAUGGUAAAGGGGGAGUUUUAUGUCAUAGAAUAUGCAGCCUGUGAUGCUACCUUCAAUGAAAUUGUCACAAUAGAAAGGCUACGACCUGUGAACCCUAAUAAGCCAGCUACAAAAAACACGUUCCUCAAAGUCAGAAUGGAUGUACCGGACGACCUAAGGCAAAUGUGUGCAAAGGAAUCAGCACACAAAGAUUUCAAAAAGGCUGUUGGAGCAUUUAAUGUGACAUACGAUUCAGACAAAAACCAGUUAGUUAUUUUGUCUAUCAACGAAGUAACAGCAAAGAGAGCAACCAUGCUGAGCGAUAUGCACUUCAGAAGUCUGCGCACCAAGUUAUCUCUGAUGUUGAGGAACGAAGAAGCCAGCAGGCAGCUAGAAAGUUCCCGGCAGCUGGCCUCCCGUUUCCAUGAGCAGUUUGUUGUGCGGGAAGACCUGAUGGGCUUGGCCAUUGGCACUCAUGGUGCCAACAUCCAGCAGGCAAGGAAGGUGCCUGGAGUGACUACCAUCGACCUUGAUGAAGAAACCUGCACUUUCCACAUCUACGGAGAGGACCAGGAAGCAGUGAGGAAAGCUCGCAGUUACCUUGAGUUUUCUGAAGAUGUAAUAAAAGUACCAAGGAAUUUAGUAGGUAAAGUUAUUGGAAAAAACGGAAAACUUAUUCAGGAGGUUGUGGAUAAAUCUGGUGUUGUCCGAGUCCGAAUUGAGGCUGAGAAUGACAGAAAGAACCCACAGGACGAGCAAGGUAUGGUGCCAUUCGUGUUUGUUGGAACAAAGGAAAGUAUUUCAAAUGCCCGAGUGCUGCUGGACUAUCACCUCAAUUACUUAAAGGAGGUGGAUCAGCUUCGUCUGGAGAGAUUGCAGAUUGAUGAGCAACUCCGGCAGAUCGGAGGGGGGUCGAGGCCCCAGGCUGGCCGCUCAGAUAAGGACAAGGGCUUUGUCAGCGAUGACGGGCCCGGGGUGGGGCCCUCCCGAGGGGGGAAGCCGUAUGGCAGCAGAGGCCGUGGCAGGCGUGGGCCUGGCUUUGCAUCAGGCACCAACUCUGAAGCAUCCAAUGCGUCGGAGACUGAGUCGGACCAUAGGGACGAGUUGAGCGACUGGUCCCUGGCACCCACAGACGAAGAGAGAGAUGUGUUCACUCGGCGUGGCGAUGGGCGUAAACGGGGUGGGGGCUCCAGGGGUCGAGGGGGUCGAGGCCGUGGAGGGUAUAAAGGAAAUGAGGAGAUACAGUGGAACGAAUCCCGGGCCCGUAACUCUAGAGACCCUAAACCAAGGCAGCAGGAGGAUUCUUUGCAGAUCAGGAUUGACAGCAAUAAUGAGAGGAGCGUUCACACUAAAGCACUUCAGAGUUCCUUUGCUGACAGUGGAACAAGCAACAGCAGCAGCCGGCCAAGACCCGGCAAAGACCGUGGGCCGAAGAAAGAGAAGCAGGACAGUCUGGAUGCCCCGAGAGUGCUGGUGAACGGAGUGUCAUAGACAAGGGUCCCAUCUGUACAAUACCAUUUUCUGUACUGUUUUCAUUAAUCCAGAAGCUUCUUCAUUAGAAAACCAUGGUAGGCCAAAGAGAACUGGGUCAGUAGGACUGUCACAUGACAUGAAAUAAGCACACUUGAAUUGAAAACAUUAGCAUUUACAACUGAUAGAGGAGGGAGCUGAGUGGUUUAAUUUUCUAGGAAUCAAGUUGGAAAAUGAACUGGCUGAGCGCAGGUUGGGGAAGAGAAGGGUAGAUGUGGAGAGAAACUGCAGUUUUCAACCUGAAUUUCUAGAAAACUACCUAUAUAUGAAAUGCAACAUUUUAAACAGAUAACAUAUGUUCUUUAAUACAGGUUUUGAGAUUGUGUUCAGUAACAUCUAAUGCAGUUUUUUAGUUUUCAACCUGUGAUUUCUUAGAACUUAAUGACACUGUUUUGACCACUAACAUGGUUUAUCUGUUUCAUGUCCGUUGUCCACAUUGUUCUUGUGGACCUCUUAACAAUGAGGGGUUACAGUUGUUGCAUCAUUAGCAAAAAAAAAUCCUGUAUGAUCCUGUGCCUUUAAUAUAGUUGGGAUAGUAUCUUAAUUGGAUGUAUUAAUCAGGGAAGAAGAAGUGGACAACACUAAUGUAAUAUAUUUGUAUGUAGAGAUCUUGCUCAUUCAUCAAAAGAGAAUUCCUUGUUUCUGGAAGAAUGCAUGCUUUCAUAACUUUUUUGUUCUUCUGAAAAAAAGACUCCAUCUGUGUAACAAGUAUAAAAAUUUGUUUAGAUGUUUUUGCACUGAAAUCUCAUAGAAUAGUAUUGGGGGAAGAAAGCUGUAUUUUAUUCUUUUUAUUUUUUUUCAAGCAGGGAUAAAACAUUCUUUGAGAAAGGUUAGGUUAAAAAAAUAAUCUGCUUUGCAAUUUUUUAUGGUAUCAAAUAAAUGCAUCAUGAUAAAGUGAAAGGUGUGACCCCUAUUUGAGGUAAGGAUUGUGGUUGUUUAAAUUUUGCCUAAAAUAGUCCCAAAGGCAGUGUUAGAGUAGACAGUUGUUUUUUUAUAAGAGAAAUUCAUCAAGCAAAUACUUGUAUUAUCUUGACUUUUUGUGUAUCCUAGAAAAGCUGUGUAGAGAUUCUUAGUUUUGUCUUAUCAAGGCGUUGUACAACUUUGUUUUGACUUGGAGACUAUAAGAAAUUGGUUAAGCAGAAGCAAUGCUGAAGAAACCUGCGGUAGCCAGGACUACCAAGAUGAAUGGCAUGUCUUAAUUUUAUUUUUUGUCAUCCCAAAAUGUACAUUUAGUACAUAUAAAAAAUAUAUAUGGAUGGUUUUCAAAGUACUUAGACUAAACAAAAUGCUUUGCUCUGUGGGUCCAAACGAAUCCAAUUUUCUUUCCUAAAGUGGUCCUUCCAAAUUAUUGUGUUAACUUGAAUUUAAAAGAUCCCAAAUUAUACACAGGAUUACAAAUUGUUUCAAUGGGAUUUGGAAGUAUAAUGCAUUGAGACAAUACAGUAUUAUCUGAGUGCAAAGCUACAAGUCUUUUGAAUAGAUAAACAAAAGCAUUUUUCCAAUAUUUCCAAAUUAUCUUUCUGUGAUUUCAUUAAGACAUUAGCAUUAUUCCGUAAGUCAUUCAUGGCAUUGUUAGAAUACAUAUCCACUGUAAACACCAUUUUUACAACAGAGGAAAAUAGACUAUUACUUGCAGAAAAAACAUUGUUUUCUCUGAACCAUGUAUUUUCCAUAUAUUAAGGUCAAGCUUCACCUAUAGCUAACUUUGCAUGAGGAACAAAUGAAGGGAUCAGUUAGGUUUAUUACAAGCAUAUUGUGUUAUCAGUGCUUUUGCACUAAGCUUAUUUUUUGAGUAAUAUGCAUUUAUUGCAAGGACUUCAAGUUGUUCUAAACCUGUUGCAUACUCAAUGUAAACUCACCAUAAGUUUCCCUGUGACAUUUAAAAUGAGAAAUUAGAUUGCCUGUACUCUCCUCAUUCCUUUGCAUUCGCUUCAUUUUCAAAUUCUUUGCAUUAGUGAAUCCCUUCGCAGGAUUCCCUGUGAAAAAGGAGUUUUCUUUGAGCAGAUUGCACGAAGAACAGAUAUGUAAGGUUAUGAAUGAAGUUCAACUGUAGUUCAACAAGGAUGCAUUUUAACAGGAAAAAAGCUAAAUGCACAACAGGACAGACUUUAUCCUCAAGAUUCAGCAUAUAGGGAUAUUAGAAUACAAUAUAAAAACAUAAAUGGGGUUCAUUUUUUUUAAUUUCUGGGUUUAAAGUCAGGGUAGGGAAACAUUCACACGUGGCUUUUGUUGAUCCAUUUCUAUCCUUUGUUAAAGUGCAGGUUAAGCCAGAAUGAAACAAUGAGUUUUAUUAUUACACAUAUGAUUAGACUGAAAAAUAAAGCUGGAUUCGAAAUACUUUAGAGUACCUUUCCUAAGUUGUUGAACGGUGCUGCAUUUUGAAGAUUUUAACUGGUUAAACAUAGCUAUCAAUAUUAAAAAGAAAGGUAGUCCUUGGUUUUCUCACUAGGACUGAGACCAGCAUCAAUGGAUGGGUAUUAAAACUAGUCCUGCCUGUGUUUACUCCUGUCUUGUAUUACAGAUGCAUAACAUACACAGAAAGACGUUGCAGCGCAUUGUUAAACUGAGGCAUUAAAUGUCUUCAAAAUGUUGCCAAACAGACUGAUUUCACUUAUUUAUUUUGGGAAUGUAUAUGAGAUUUGAAAGGUUUCUUGCACAUGUCAUUGUAGGCUGUUAUGGUUCAAAACCUUAAAAAAAAUACUGUAGAUAAUUAACCAAGGUAGACUGACCUUGUAUGUAACUGCACUUGGGGCAAUAUUUUUCUCUGUACAUAUUAGCUGAACAGAUUGGGUUUUAUGUUGACAUUGUUUGGUUAUAGUGCAAUAUAUUUUGUAUGCAAGCAGUUUCAAUAAAUAAAGUUUGAUCUUCCUCUGCUAA